AUGGAAGCACAGCUGCAGCCUCUAAUUAAGCAAAUCACGGAGACUGGUGAAUGGUCGCUCGAUCGAGACAUGCUCAAGAAAAUCAAGAGCAUUUGCAAGCGAGGGGAUGCCAAUGUGGAAACGGCGUUUACGAUAUGGUUCGCACAACUCAAAACAGAACAUGCACAGAUUCGAUAUUCAUGCGUGCAAUUAGCCGAAGAACUAUUUCAGCGUUCACAUCGAUUUCGAGAGUUGCUGGCCGACGAGUUUCCUGGAUUUUUGUCAUUGACCAUCGGCAUCCAGAAACGAACAUUACCACCACCACCGAAUGUAGCUGCCAAGCUCAAACAAUACGCUCUUGCACUCGUGAAAGCAUGGCAUGAGAAAUACGCUGCUUUGUAUCGACCCCUUGGAAUCGGAUAUGAUUACUUGCUUCAUCAAGGAUUCUUGGCUCAAGGUACAUCCUCAUUAGCCUCCAUUCAUGCCAGCCAUGAUAAUCAGGCACAAAUGAGAGCCAUCUAUCAACGACGCAUGACCCAAAUCAAACGAGAAAUGGAGGAGCACUUUGAUCUGAUGAAGGAGAAUCUCAAUUCAAUGGAAGGUGUAUUCGAUAUCUUGGUUCCACGCAAUGAAGGCGAUUCGAUCGAUUUCGAUGCAUUGAUGAAGGCCGAUUAUGAAAGCAGUGGCACGGCAGCUGAUACUGGAGAAAAAUACAGAGAGGAUAUCCUAUCACAUGGUCUAGCAUCCAAUCGAUACAAGAUCGAGAUUGACUUGUCAGAGAAUCCUUUGGGAGAUGUGCACGAAUCGGAAGAGAACAAGGUGCUUUACGAGCAAUUGCGAGAAAGUCAUCGGCUGCUUAUCAAUAAACAUUUGCCCAUGUUGAAUGUUUGGAUCAAAAGUCUUGGACGCAUGGAUCAUCCGGAUCGUGACAAGUUGUUGAAGCAGCUGCUAAGUUUGAAAACCAAGAUCACUGAAGACACACUUCGCAAAUCAGACUUGUUGGGGAUUGAACAACAGCAACAACAGCAGGAUGAAGAUGAGGAUGAGGAUUAUUUAGAGGAGCUUUUCGAGGAUGUACCGCUGGACGGAUCAUCAAAUCAGUCAUCAGAAGCAGCAUCAGAUAGGAGGAAUGGUGGAUUAUCAACCAAGCUGCCACCAGCUCAACGCAUCUUUCCUUUGGCAUAUGAACCAGGAUUGGAAGAGGAUGUCACUUACAACAGAGCAGCCGUGUUUCCACAACUACCUUCAGAAUCAGAAAGGGCGAGCAAUGAUCAAGGACAAGAUGAUGGAUCAAAAGGAAAAGGCAAAGCUCGAGCAACCGCUACCUCAAGAGAAGAGCUACUCAAGAAGGCGCCCGUGGUUGAGGUAGGAUAA